CAUGGCUUCGCCCCUGAUUGCGGUGCUCGCAUCCUCUCGGGUUGGUUCAACAGGCAGCUCCAGCCGUGCACUCAUCCGACCGCGACCAUCUCCGUCUGCUUCCGCCGGUCGUCUUCGUGGCAUCCUCGGGCGACGUCUUCGGAAGCCACUGCUCAUCUGCUCCGGCGACUCGUCCAUCUUUGAAAAUCCGUCGCGUCCUACUGGGGCGAUAAGUCUGUAGCAGAUAGGUUAGAGCGCAUCCUGCAGCGCCGCCGGCUCAUCUAACCUCUUUCCCAAACCCUUUGGCCACAGUGCACACCAGUGUCGACUUCUUUGGUGCUUUUCAGGUUGUGAGAUGCAUAGUAGUUUCUGAGUUGCACAGGCUGCUUGAAACUAUCGUGGCACAACAACUGUAUUCACAGGAUGAAUCCCCUGACGCUGGUCAAGCGCACUCAAAAGAUCACUGCCAAAGAGGCGGAACUGGGCAUCUCUGAUGAGGCCUCUUGGCAUGCCAAGUACAAAAAUUCUGCCUAUAUAUUCGUGGGUGGCAUCCCCUUCGACCUCACCGAAGGCGACCUUCUUGCUGUCUUCGCGCAGUACGGAGAGGUUGUUGAUGUCAAUCUUGUUCGAGAUAAAGGUACGGGUAAAUCCAAAGGUUUUGCCUUUAUUGCAUAUGAAGACCAAAGAAGCACAAUUCUUGCAGUAGACAAUCUUAAUGGGGCAAAAGUCCUUGGCAGAACAAUACGGGUUGACCAUGUGGCUGACUAUAAAAAAAGAGAAGAGAAUGAAGAGGAAGAGCAGAAGAAGAGGGAAGAACGUGGUGUCUGCCGCGCAUACCAAAGAGGUGAUUGCACUCGUGGAGCUUCAUGCAAAUUUUCUCAUGAUGAGCAAAGAUGUGCAAACACAGGAUGGGGCCCUAGAGAGGGUGAAUCAAGGUGGGGUCAUGACAAAUAUGAUGGGCCAUCAAGCAGUCGUGGUGGUCAUACUGCCAGUUCAAAGGGUUAUCUGAAAGAAUCCGUGGAUAAUGCUCGUUUAAGAUCAAGAGGUCAUCAUAAGGAUGAACAUAGCUCCAGGGCUGGGAGCAAUGACCCUCAAGGGUACAGGUACUCUAGGCGUUCUGAACCAAAUGCGGAGAGAGAGAUGGAUACGCAAGGAAGCAGGAAAAGGUCCAGGUUUGAAGGCCUUUCUUCUGUUUCUAGGUACCAGGCGGAAGAAGAAGAUUACAAUCGGAGGUCUCGAAGAUAGACAACCGGGUGAUGAUGAUUUAUUUGAAGUUGGGAGCACUUCAGUGGCAACCUUUUGUCAUACACACAACAUUAUGUGGAGGUUAUUAAUCGCCCAGGUGUUUAGCUGUAGCAUCUUUAUUUCCGCA